UUUCAGUUUCAGUUUAUUUUAUUCUCCUGUUUCACUCGCAUCGUACAAUUUUUUCCAGGGAAUAAAAUUCAGUCAACUCUUUAAAUUUUUCCGAAAAUUCGAACAAUUUGUUUUCUAGUGGAACAACGUAAAGUUUACCUAGGAACAAUUCUUGAUCGAAAAUGGUGCUUCCCAAGGGAAAGAAAAACGUGCAGAAAGCGCGCGAAAUGCAAGGACGUCCUGCUCGCGAAUCAAUGCGCCGCGGGGUGUCGAGACCCAGAGCAGCUCGCAACGAAGAACGCUCGCGCUCAGCCCCACGGCGUCGUGUGUCUAGGGCCCCGCACUCCCGUGCCCCAAAAGCAAAUCCGAACGUCCAGCUGAUCACCCAAGCAAUUCGAGAUCUGAACAAGUCUGCCACUUUGGAGGAGAUAGUGGCACAACUGGUGCUGCGCCUUGGCCGCAACACUUGUGGGGCAGAGAUCUAUGAGACAACAGCCCAUACUCUUAAGAAGGGGGUUAAGUACGGCUUCAUCCAGAUGGAUAAUGGUGGCUACUGUCUCCCGCCUGCUCCGAUCACGGAGGCCGAGAAGGAAGUGGACCUGCAGACGGCUUCCCUGACUGAAACAGUGGAGAAGUCGGUACCCCAAGCCUUCAAUCCCUCGGCUAUGUCUGUUCUGAGCGUUGAUGCCCCACCGCCUGCUCCGAUCACGGAGGCCGAGAAGGAAGUGGACCUGCAGACGGCUUCCCUGACUGAAACAGUGGAGAAGUCGGUACCCGUAACCUUCAAUCCCUCGGCUAUCUCUGUUGUGAGCGUUGAUGCCCCUCAGACCACCCCACGCACCCCUUCCACAUCCGAAAAUUGUAUACUCAGUGAUUAAGAAACAGAUUCAGAUGUAACUUUCGGCCUAGUUGAAAUUGUUGUAACAGUAUAGCCCGAAUUUUGAUGAGCACUUUAAGGAAUAACCUAAGGAAUAGCCCCGAGAUGUAACUCAAUCCAUCCAUAAAUAUCAAUGUGAAUAAUAAUUAAUGAAUAAGCAACCCAAUAGGGAUUUACGGCA